AAUAGCAGGCCAGAGUGAAGAGGGGUGCCCCUGCUGAACUCCCCUUCUGUGCACAUCCCACCCCUACGCCCCAAUGCCCAGGGACUUACUCUUGUAGGAGAUGCGGGUGAUGGUGUCACGGUUAAGGAGGCGGCUGAGGAAUGGGUUUGAGCUACCAGCCACCUGUGUGGAGGUCUGAGAUUCCAGGAAGAGAGCAAUGAGCAAGUACACAAAAAUUCUGGGCCUCCUGGAGCUUCUGUUUGAAUGGAGGAGAGACAGACAAUAAAUACUGAAUCACAGAAGAGAACACCACCCUCCCACAGAGAUAUGAUGCUGAAGGACAUCGUGGAACUCUACAAGGCCGAGAACAUGAGGAAAGAGGACAUAUAGGAAGGGACCCCUGGCAGCCACACCACCCAAGACUGUGUGGGACGUGAGCACCGUCACCCUCAGGGACCUGCAGCCAGACAGUCCCAAGCCAGCUGGCCCAGCAGGCUCAAGGCAGCCACCAUGAAAUUCCUCCGGGCCACUUGCCCUUCCUUGUCCACCAUCUUCUUCCUCUUUGUCACCUUCGUGGUGUCUGCCAUCUUCCACUGCCACCAGCGCCUGGCUCUGGUACCCAUCCCCUGGGCCUACCAGUCUCAUGUGGUCCUGGUCUCCAGACACCUGCCCAGCGGGGGCAUGUUCACCAUCAACUCCAAAGGCCGCCUGGGGAACCAGAUGGGGGAGUACGCCACCCUGUACGCCUUGGCCAAGAUGAACGGGCGGCCGGCCUUCAUCCCACCCCAGAUGCACAGCACUCUGGCCCCCAUCUUCAGAAUCACCCUCCCCGUCCUGCACGACACCACUGCCAGCAGGAUCCCCUGGGAGAACUACCCACUGAACGACUGGAUGGAGGACCAGUACCGCCACAUCCCGGGGGAGUACGUGCGCCUCACCGGCUACCCCUGCUCCUGGACCUUCUACCACCACCUGCGCGCCGAGAUCCUCCAGGAGUUCACCCUGCACGACCACCUGCGGGAGGAGGCCCAGAGUUUUCUGCGGGGUCUGCAGGCCAAGUGGGCUGGGCAGGCCACCUUCGUGGGGGUCCAUGUGCGCCGUGGGGACUAUGUCCAUGUCAUGCCAAGGGUGUGGAAGGGCGUGCUGGCCGACCAGGGCUACCUGCAGCAGGCCCUGGACUGGUUUCGGACCCACUACCGCAGCCCAGUCUUCGUGAUCACCAGUGACGACAUGGCCUGGUGCCGGCAGAACAUCAACGGCUCCCUCAGGGACGUGGUGUUCGCCGGCAACGGCCAGCAGGGCUCACCCGCCAGGGACUUUGCGCUGCUCAUCCAGUGUAACCACACCGUCAUCACCGUGGGCACCUUUGGGAUCUGGGCUGCCUACCUUACAGGUGGGAACACCGUCUACCUGGCCAAUUUCACCCUGCCCAACUCCCCCUUAGACAUGAUCUUUAAGCCACAGGCAGCCUUCCUGCCAGAGUGGGUGGGCAUCGCAGCCAACCUGGGGCAGGCCAGAGGGAACGACCCCUAGCCGUGCUCCUCUUCUGCCUCGUCUUCGGGUCUAACAGACAGCAUGAGCUUGGACACCUGAGUUUAAAUCCAGGCUGCUCUGCCUCCCAGCUGGGUGACCUCAGACAACCUCUCGGUGACUUCGUAUACCACCUGAAAAACAAAAAUAAUGCAGCUCUUUGUGAGCACACAGCAAGUUCACUUGGUGCCCUGGAAACACGGGGUAAGUGUUGGCUGCUAACGUGCAUGCGAGUGGCGCGCCCUGAACAUUUGGACUGCUAGAAGAGAGAGGCUUUUUUUUUUUUUGGCCAUCUCCUUCACGGCUCCAGGAGCAUGGAGUCCAAAUAUCUUGCAGUUGCUUCCUGAGAGAGUUUGGCUCUUCCUGCCCUCAAAUGAAGAGGAGCUGGAUGUUUUCAGCAGCUGAGAAUUCAAGCUUUGGGUUUAAUGGGCCCUUACCAUGAAAAAAUGUGAGGAAAACAGGAUUUGAGAGGAUGAAUCACAGGGAGAUACCCUUGGUGGAGUGUGGGAGGGCCUGACAAUGAUGGCAGGACUCAACUCUGGGCUUUGGGUGUCUUUCCUGCAGCGGCAAAGGCACCCAGAGUCUACAUGUCAUAGAAGCAGCAGGCGGACCACCUAGGGGCAAGGACCACAGAGAUUGGAGCAUGGCUCUGUCGGCAGUCACCUGGGUGGCCAGAUGACCUCACACCCUGCACUGCCUGUGCCCCCAGGACCUAAUGCCACUGUGAGAAACCUCAGUAUGGACAAAAGUUGGAUGAACUGAUUACAGUACUGGUUUUCCUGUGUUCAGUGUAUUUUAAAGUAUGGAGAUACCAGUAUUUUUAUUGGUGUCCUACUCCUUUUUGGAGAUUAAGAAAAAGUUAACGUAUAGUUGUUUAUGUUCAUUUACAUUUCCACCGAACAUAGGUGCACUGGUUUAGAAAACAUUUCAAUCACCUCUCUUUCCUGUUUUAAACUCUUUCCAAAUAUCUUAUUAUUUGAAUUCCCAUUUCUUGGCAUACUCAUGAGGUUGAACACCUCUCCUUUCAUGAUUAAUAAUAUUGUUACCUCCCCAGAGCCAUUUUGGGCCCCAGUUGACUUCCUUAAGUCCUUCAUGGUGUCAUCAUGGUGUGGGGGUAAGGUCAAGAGGAUAUUAAAGAAAGCAGAAGAAGGGUCUGAAGGGGCAGGCAGGGAGUUGGGGAGGGAGGUUCUGUAUUCGCUACCUAUUGCUGUGUAACAAAUUACCCCAAAAUUUAGUAGCUUAAAGCAACAACAAUAACAUUAUCUCUUAAGAGUUUCUGUGGGUCAGGUGUUCAGGAGUGGCUUAGCUGAAUGGUUCUGUUUGAGAUAUCCAGUGAGGAUGCUGUCAGGUCUCCGCGAGGGCCACUGUCAUCUGAAGGCUUGCCUGGGGCUGGGGGAUCCACUUCCAUGGCUGGCAAGUUGGUGCUAGCUCGUGGCUCUUGGUCAUAUCCUCUUGAUGUGGACCUUGGUGGGGCUGUUUGAGUGUCCUCACCACAUGGUAGCUGGAUCCCUCCAGAGAGAAACCCAAGAGACCAAGGUAGAAACAGUACCUUUACAUCUGAGCCUCACCUUGUCACACACUGUCACAUCCGGUGUGUCCCACCCAUCACACUGAGCAGCCUGAGUCAGUAUGGGAGGGUCUGACACCAGCAGGUGAAGAUUAUUUCAGACUAACUUGGAGUCUGCUGUAUUAGUUUGCUAGAGCUGCUGUAACAAAAGUACCACAGAUGAGGAGGCUUAAACCACAGACGUUUAUUGUCUCACAGUUCUGGAGGCUUGAAGUCUGAGAUCGAGGUGUUGGCAGGGUUGGUUCCUUCUGAGGGCUGUGAGGGGAUGAUCUGCUCCGAGCCUCUCUUCUUGGUUUGCAGGUGACCUCUUCCCCCUAUAUCUUUACAUCUUCCCUCUGUACAUGUCUGUGCCCAGAUUUCCUCUUCUUCUAAGGACACCAGUCAUAAUGAAUUAGGGUCCGCCUAAUGAUCUCACUUUAAUUUAAUUACAUCUAUAAACUGGGCAUAGGACUUCAACAUAAGAAUUUUUGUGGGGACACAGUUCAGCCCAUAACAGCUCCCAGUGUCCAUUUCCAGCCCUCCCCUGCUGGAGUCAGAUUGGUUUUGGUCCCCUUGCCUUUUCUCCUCCAUUCUCUCAGGACCAGCCCUUCCUCCUCAAGAUAAUUUACCUUAGCCAGGAUAUUUUCCCAGAUUCUCUCUUUGGGAGAGACUCAAGCCAGAAGGAUAGAGGAACCUCAGCCCUGACCCCAGGUUAUCUGUCAAGUGCAACGUCAUUGGAGUGCAGAAGCGGCUGGCAGCCAUAUCUCCCAUUUCAAUAAAACGCUCAUGUGGCAGGUCCCUUCCUGCUGCCCCACCACAUCUCAUCACCGGCUUCCUCCACCCUACUCUGUGCCCUGGGAGGCCGUCUGAUGUUAUCUGCUGUGGCUCGAAUGUUCCUGCCCCCACCCAAAUUCCUAUAUUGAAGUCCUAAUCUCCAGUGUGAAUUUGGAGGUGGGCCUUUGGGAGGUGAUUAAGUUGUGCGGGUGGGGCCCUUGUGAAUGGGAUUGAUACCCUUCUAAGAGACACCAGAAAGAUGUAUAAGGGCCAAAGCAGAAGUUGGGCAGCUGCCAAAAUAAAUUGCAUGGAUUCAUUUAACAAAUAUUGAUUGAUCUGCCAGCCAGGAAGUGGGCUGUCACCAGGAACCAAAUCAGCAGAUCUUGGACUUCUCAGCCCUCGGAAUAGGGAGGAAUACAUUUCUGUUGUUUAAGCCACCUAGGGUGUGGUAUUUUUGUCAAGGCAGCCCAAACUGGAUCUGUGGGCUCCCCUGCCCUAUGCCUCCCUGUUGGCCAGGUCAGUGGGAUCAUAGUCCAGAAAUCACAAGAGGAAGGAGAGUGAAGCUGGGGUGUUUGUUCUCCCAGAUCCAUCCCUGCUGACCAAGAGAUGGUACCAGCUGCCCACUGUUGCCAGCGCCUGGGAGCUGUACCAUCUCUCAUAGUUAACCUACAUUCUACCCACAUCUUUGUAAAUUUUCCUGUUAAACUCCUCUCAGGUUUGCCCCCAUGAGUGUUCCAUCUCCCGCCAGGGCUCUGAGCGAUGCCCCCAGGAUUUUGGUAUUACACAAAAGAAACCCCCUGGCCCCCGUUCCCACUUUGCCCUGACAUUGAACCCACUGCUGAAAUUUGGGCCGGCUUAGUGGAAUGAGGACUUGUUCUCAGUCCAAGUCAAGCUGAUUCACAGAACAUACUGAAGAGAUGUGACAUUGCUCACAGCCCUGACUUGGAGGAUGAAGGUGAAAUCUAUGGAAUGAUCAUAGCACCCAUGGGCGGGAAACUGAGCACUAGUUUCCUGCACAUCUUUUCUUGCAUGUUCUGGGUACCAUAUAGAUGCUGGAGGAAGAUUCAGAAGACCUAUGCUUACAGUCACCCUCUCAUGUUACCCGCCAGGAGGUCUCUACCCAGAAAGGGCCCUGCAGGUGGACAGAACAGGCACCAGCUGGCAUCUGCGAGCCGAAUGGAGCAGUGUGAUAUUCUGUACUGAGUUCUGUCUAAUCCAAAUGCUAAGGCCACCCAGCUCUGUUCCCUGUGCUUGAAGUGCCCUGCUUGAAAGAGGAAGUUAACUUUUAUUGUACCAAAGCAGGAGCUGGCCAGCUGCCAAAAAUAAGUUACACGAAUUCAUUCAAUAAAUAUUUACUAAGCUCCUUACUGUGUUUGCAAAUCCAAAGCAGAAGGUAGCAAGCCCUUAAAAGCCUUCCUCUUGCUCAGAGGGGACACAAGGAUGCCCAGAAGGACAGAAACCACUUACUAUCUCCCAAGACAGAGAUCUCAUAGCCCAGCACACUAGACAGUAUCAGCACAUAGUGUAUGUUUCUUAUGGGUUGAACUGUGUCUCCCAAAAGCUAUGUUGAAAUCCUAACACCCAGCACCUCAGGAUGUGACCUUGGGAAGUAGGAUCUUUACAGAUGCGAUUCGUUAAGAUAAGGUCACACUGGAGUAGGGUGGGCCCUUACUCCAACGGGAAGGGUGCACGCAGAAACGCAAGGGGGAAAUGCCCCAUGCUGAAAGAGACUGGUUGCGGGCCUCCAGAAUUGUGUUUAAAUCACCCAGUGUGUGGUAUGCUAUUACAGCAGCCUCAUAAAACCAAUAUAGCGUUUAACGCAUUUUUGCUGACUGAACUGAACAAGCCUUGGGUCAGUGCUAGACUCCUGGCUUAGCACACAAGCGAUUAACAGCCAGCAUGUCUCCGGCUGCCUUCACCCAGGGCAUGUGUUCCUGGUCGGAGCCUGGAACCCGGGGGCCAUUACGAGAACACCAGGGCUGAGUCAAGCAGGGUGGGACCUAGUCGAACAAGGGAAGCUGUCAGAAGCUAGGUAUGGCAUUGAAUGACCUACAGCAAUAUCUUUGCUUCUGAUUUAAAAGUUGCUGAAAUCCUCAGAGACCAUUAAGAUCGCGUGAAGGAUUUCUUUGCAGUAGAUUCUCAGUCUUGACUAUAUGCCUGGACCACAAUUGAACCAACCCAGGUAGGGCUCUGGGCCCCUUGAGUCAUCCCCGGGUGUUAAUUUGAGCCCAGCCAGAAAUGAGAUGCCUGGGUGAGAUAGCCUUCUUGGGCGUUAUUGGACUCAAAGGAACGGAGCCAGCGGGGCUGGUUUUGCUGAAUAAGGUUCAUUACACAGCUCGGCUGUGACUCACAAGCUUCUCCGUCUUACUGCCCCCAAUAAGCCCCUUUCUCGGGGCCACUGAAAGCAAAGCCUCCCCAUUCGCUCUGAAACCCACCCCUCAGCACUAGACAACCACCAGCCUGCUUUCUGUCUCUGUGGAUUUGCCCUUUCUGGACAUUUCCUGCAAGAUACGGUUCUUGGGCCAGGCACUGUUUAACCCCUCAGAGAGGUGAAGCCACUUCCUCCAGGAUCACACGACUGCCGAGCACGGGAGGCCGAGUGGGCAGCCCGGGCACAGAGGGUGUGCACCAACCGCAGAGUCACAAACCCUCUGAGUCAUCAGGUGAAGUACAGUCUGUGCAGGGCUGAGUGAACAGAGGCUUUGCUUUCAGUGACUGAUUAAUGGUUUGAUGAAAAUGUUCUAAAAUGAUGGUGGGGAUUGAUGCGUAGCUCUGGAUCCAUUCUGAUUUUUAAGUCACUGAUCUGCAAGCCACUAAAAACCACUGAAUUGUAAGGGGGAGGGUAUAUAGCUCAGUGUAGAGCACAUGCUUAGCAUGCAUGAGGUCAUGAGUUCGAGCCCAAGUACAUCCAUUAAGUAAAAAUUAAUGACAAAUAAGUAAGCCUAAUUACCUCCCCCCCCACAAAAAAAACCCAAAAACAAACCACUGAAUUGUAUACUAUUAAAAUUUAUUUUUCUUCUGGUUUUAUUGGGAUAUACUUGAAAUUCAGAACUGUAUGAAUUUAAGAUAUACACCUUAAUCAAGUCAGAUAGUGAUUCAAUUAACAUACAUCAUAAAGUGAUUAUCCCAAGUUAGGGGGACACCCAUCAUGUCAUAUAGACACAAAACUAAAGAAAUAGAAAAAAAUUAUCUUGUGAUGAGAACUCUUAGGAUUGACUCUCUUUGAACC